GGGAAAAAGCCAAAGCCAACAAAGGCGAUGUCACGUGAUUUAAACAUUUCUAAUGGAGGAUUGAAAAAUAUUUGAACAUGACAUUUUUAGGUUUGGAUUCUCGGUUGUGUACAAGGAAUAUGGAGAAAGGUUAAUUCUUUAACAUAGGAGCAAAUUCAUCUAUACAAUAACGGAAUGGUAUCGUAAAAAGGCAAUUUCGUUCCAAAAAAUAUAAGGAGUAGCAAAAAUUAUGCUGUUUUCCAUUGCGAUUUUAAGGGAAUAUACUGAACGACGUUGUUCUUCCAUAGUAUGGUAACGUGGAAAGGUUCUAAAAAGACAUUACGCUAUGGUCAAUCUCCGUCAUACGUACACACAAUGUUAUUGCGGUUUGGAGUCUAUCUGUGCAUAUUCGGAGUGGUCACUCAAACGACCUCGGCAUGUACCCCGUGUAGCAGUCAGUGUUCCUGCACUCUCAAGUCUGGCACCACAGACGAGUGCGAGGUGGACUGUCGAGAAAAUGGUUUCAAGACAUUGCCAACAGCGGCGGAGCUGCCUUCUACAGGAAGCUGGAAGAUAGUGAAGCUAGAUCUUUCAAGUAAUGAGAUAGAAGAAGUGCCACGAAGUAACAUAUCCUUUUUGACGAACUUGCAGGAAUUAAGCCUGCGAGGGAACAAUAUCUCCUCCAUAGAGCACAGUACAUUUGAUGAUUUAGAACUAUUAGAAACAUUAGAUUUAUCAUCCAAUCGUAUAUCAAAUUUCGACAACAACUUUUUCAAGUCAUCCAAAAACAUAAUCAAGCAUUUGAACAUUAGUCAUUUACAAUUAACAACUUUGGAAGAAAAUUUUCUAAAGGAUCUGCAGUAUCUGGAGACCCUUGAUGCAAGUUACAACAAAUUAUCCAGUCUCCCAGUCUACACCUAUAAACACACUGUUCUACAAAUGGUCAUAUUGACUAACAAUGAUUUGGUAACUGUGGAUUUGGAGCGCCAAAGAGUGUAUCAUAUGGACCUUUCCUACAAUCAGCUGACCAGUGUUACAGCCUCCCAUAUGGUUACGUCCAUUGAACAACUGGAUUUGACUGGGAACCAGAUUAGUACUAUGAACCACAAUGUUUUGGAUCAGCUGCCAAAUCUCCAGAACAUAAGUUUAGCAGAGAAUCCCUGGGAGUGUACCUGUAGUCUGAAAGAUUUCCACGAUAAACUCAUCCAGUUGGAAACCUCAUCUGGUCUCGUUCUAGUCGAUAAACAGAAUGUCAAGUGCAGCAAUAUGUUGGAUGUGCCAAUGUUUAAUCUUACUAAUAGGGCCAGUUGGUUGGUGGAGUGCAGUCAUGUUAAGUCCAAAAGGGACACCCAGAGACCACCAUGUAUCUCCGGGACCACAUCAUACCAUCCUCGCCAUGGGUGUGUUGGUCCCAAUGAAUAUGCUUCCUGCUAUGAUGACACAGAAGAGGGCAGGAAAAUUCCCGUGUUAUUUUCAUCCAGUUCCACAACAUCAGUUGUUCAAGACUGUACAGAAAACUGCUUUGACAGAAACACCACCUAUGGUGUCAUUACAUCAGGAGUAUGCUUAUGUGGUAAAGAGUUGGAAGACUAUGGAGAUUGUUAUUGCUCUACAAAGACCUAUAGCAGUGGAGAGAAUAUACAAUGCUCAGGAACAGCAGGUACCAUCCAAAAAACUUAUGCCAGCAAUGUGUUCCAGGUUCAUAGUGGGCUGAAAUUUGACUUUGUGGGCAAAAUCACAGCAGGUCAGCAGCAUUCGUUUACAGCCCGUGUAAGUCUAAGGACCAUCACGUCCUACACAUGGCAACAUGGAGACACCAGCUCACCUCGUGUCCAAAUGGUCUCUAAUCAGUUUUGUACCAACACCUAUACCUAUAUGUUACCAGGCACCUACACUCUAUCGGUGGGGAUUCUCUCCACUCAAGGGGGGUAUUCCUCGGGGUCCAUCACUGUGGAGGUGGUUCCUCCUACCUCACUCAUUUCCCCCUCUAUUGAGUGUCCUUCCUCCGUUGAUUAUGAAAAUGGGACCACAGCAAUCUCGGCUGUGUUUUCCAUGGCGCACAAACUGGAGUACACCUUGAGCAGGUUGCCAGAUGACAAUAUUACAUCAACUACAGGAGGUGGUUGUGACAGCUCGCAUCAUGAGUACCAUGGUAGGUGUUUAAUGAUGGCACCAUCAUCCUACACCCACACCCAGGGCGUCACGCAGUGCUCCACUGGUAUGAUGCUGUCCAUUCAUUUUCCAUCUGAACUGACUGAUGUCAUGACCCAUUUUGGAGGAUCAGUGAGUACAGGAAUUUAUUUGGAUGCCAAGAAGAUGGGCACUGAAUAUUACUGGACGACAGGAGCAAAGGCAUAUUUCACGACUAGUGAUGUCACCAAUGCAGGAGCUGGGGACUGUGCGUACGGGGACAAGUCUAGCAAUUCUAUACACGGAACUGACUGCAACAGUGCCUACAACGUGAUUUGUCAGAGCAAACCGCAGGCUUGUCAUGCAGGAGGCUCCCUGUACAGUAACAAUGGGCAUUGCUAUAAGCUACAGUCCAGUGCCCAGAACUGGGGGAAUGCGGAACAGACAUGUGCUUCUCUGGGAUCCACCGCCCACCUGGCAAAGAUUGACUCUGUUGCCCUGCAGACCUUUCUUGUGAGUAAUUUGGUUUCCACUGGACAGGCGUGGACUGGCCUGACUGACAGGAAUCUGGAGGGUCAGUUAGAGUGGGCAGAUGGUGAGAUCUGGUCCUCGUACCCUGCAGUGACUUCGUCAGAUGUGGACUGCUUCCAUCUGGAUUCAACCGGAAUAUGGCAUUCAAGUACUUGUACUGCUACACUGAAGAGUAUUUGUGAAUACAGCAGUCGCGAGGUGGCCAGUGUUCCAACAUAUGUGGCUGGGACAGCACAGCUAAUGAACACACCCUACUCCUUGACCACAUUAUCGUCCACUACCACUGCCCAUGUCACCGACAGAAACAUCCUCUCUCUGUUCCCAGGAAUGUGGAUUAAUAGAGAGGGAAAAGUCAGGGCAUGGAAUUUUCGAACAACAUCCGGAAGAACCGAGAGUUUUGCUUUGACAUUCAUGGUGCUGGAACCAGUGUGCUCGAAUUACUUUAUACCUCCAGGUUGCAAUCAAAGUGGAAGCUGGUAUGGUUCUUGUGUCAGUUCUCCACCGACCUGUACAAAAUCAGUGUCCACCUGUCCUAGUCAUGAGGACUACUGUCUCAUCACAGACUCCUGCCUUCCAAAGACUGACCCUUGCACCUGUGUCAACAAACCCCUUUUCUUGUUCUGUAUCAACCAAUUUUCCAGUACUGGAGUAGCACCAACCUAUCGUGUUAGAGGGGUGACAUACGUUGAUCUGCCAGCAGGAGGAGAAGAGGAAUACACCGUUCCAGCUACGGAAUUCGAUGUGCAUGAAAAUGAUGUACUUGCCUUUGCGACAAAUGCCUCCAUCGAUGUUAUCAAAUGUGAUGCCAGUACUGGGUCAGAUUGGGAUCAAAAUUUCAACAGCAUUUCAAAUCGUGACUGGGUUGGUGUGGGAGAUGUGGUUUCCUUGCAGUCAUGGUUGUCGAACCGUGUAUGUUACUUCAAUCUGAUGUACACUGCUAAUCAGAAAGAGACCUUGCCAACCACCCUUCAGUAUUUCACCAAUCCGGAUACGUACACCUACACGUUAGACGUACCUUCACUUGGUGGAAGCCCUCAGACAUCAUCCGUCAAGGCUGAAGAAGAAGUGGGAGAAAUAACGUGGAUUAAUCCUCCAAUCCAGUCAUCAGGUGGUGUUAAUGUUUUGGAUAACACAGACACAUAUUUUGUGUUUCGCAUAACCAAAGGGACACAUUUGGUGGCCAGAUGGACCAGGAAUGGCGUUGACACGAAUGUUAGUUUUCAAAGUUCCUGUCCAUCAAGCAUCGAAGCACUAUAUCCGACUGAGUGCUCUCAAGGUCACCGCCCAUUAGCCUUUUCUUACCAGCUCUACAAGUUCCUUGCUAGUGAUGGGGCCUCGCAGACGAUAACUGUAAUGGUAUACAAUGACCUGACUUUGCAAAAAACUAAACAAAUUACUGUCAAUGUUUUACAGCCCAUAUCUGGAUUAAAUGUGUAUUUGGAAACUCCUACAACUAACAACAUUGUAGAAAUUGGGUCCCCAACUACCUUUCUCACCAACAUAACUAAUGGGACUCCAUCAUCAUACAGUCUGAGUUACAAUGGGUCCACGCCUGUAAAAACCUCCACGUCUUCUUCAAUAUCGUACACAUUUACAAACAAAGAGACGUACCAGGUUACUGUGACAGCAACUGAUGGACUGACAAACACCUCAGCAGAAAUUACCGUCCGGGGCAGAUAUCGAGCGGGACUGAAUGGCCUUGCUUUCACAAGUCUUGGGGAUUUUCUGGCUGCAACAUAUACCUACAGUUUUGUGGCAACAGCAACUGCUGUUGCUGGAGCAGAAGUGUCCAUCAUUUGGCAAGAAGGAAACUCCACUGUACAGACAACAAACGAAGUGAUUGGGUUAUCAACAUUUUCUGUUUCUAAAGAUUUUACAUUUUUGACUGCAGGGAAUUACACAGUUUCGGUUUCGAUAACUGAUGAAUUUAGUGAAAGCAAAGAUACAUCGGUUGAUGUAGAAGUAGUUGAUCCAAUCGGAAACUUCUUUCUCCAAGCUCAGAAUGUGUAUCUUGAAAAAGGACAGACUGCCAGAUUACAAGCAAAAAUGGACCCAGCCCCCCAUACGUAUGGGGUUAUUUUAUUCACUUUUGACUAUGGAGAUGGAAGUGCAAAAGAUGUGAAUGUUACGGAUUCUACCAAGGACCAUACAUACAAUGCAGCCGGUAACUUUAAUGCCACCUGUGUGGCUACCAAUGGACCAAGUUCAGCCUUCAAUUUUGUGGUUUUGCUGGUGCAGGAGAAAAUCAGUAACUUUGUUGUGAGUGGGGAUUUAUAUGUGGUGGUUAAUACUUCUCAGAGUUAUACUGCGAGUGUGACAACAGGAACAAGUUUGAAUUACCAGUUUAAAAUUGAUAGCCUGGCAUUUGACUCGGGCUAUACACCAAACAGUGUUCUUACUUACAUCUUUAAUACUGUCGGUGCCUAUAAUUUGACAAUUUCUGCCAGAAAUGACAUUGACUUUAAGAAAACAACCCUGGAAAUCCAUGUGGUGCUGGCAGAUACUCUUGUCAUCAAAUCUCUCAGCCACAACAGAUAUGUGGAACAGAACAGUGCUGUCAGUAUGGAAAUGACUUUACUUCAUCAUGACAUGAGUCAGCUGCAUAUUACAUGGGAUUAUGGGGAUUCAAACACGGAAGCUGGGGUGGGAAAGACAACAGCUACACACACUUACACAACAGCUGGUGAUUACAACAUCAUGGUGAAUGUGACAGACAACUCCAAUUCCAAUAUGGUGAUGAAAUUAUCCCCCAUUACUGUGAUGCGAAGUAUUCAAGGAUUGUCUGUGAGUAAUCCUGGACCGGGAAGUAUCAAUUCCACAACAGAGGCCACCAUCACCGUGACUGCCACAGUGAGUGACGGAACAAACUUAAACUUUGUCUGGGUAUACAAUGGGGUGGAAUAUGAUACUGGAACAACAAACUACAUCAACCUUAACUUCACUUCAGCUGGCUCCUAUUCAGUCUCGGUCAACGUGUCCAAUGCAAUCAGCUCAGAGACGGCCACGUCCAGUUUCAGUGUCCAAGCCAUGAUUGAGAAUUUGGGAAUUAAAUGUUCCACAUGUGUCAAAGAUGGCGCUGGGAAUUAUUUCCUGGAGGCAGCUGCUUCCACAUCAUUCACGGUGACAUACACAGGUGGAUCUGACAUUCAGUUUGUGUUUAAUUUUGAUGGAACUGCAUCAGCUUCACAAACUGCUGCCACCCUUUCUCACACCUACACUCCUGGAAAUAGAACCAUGUCUGUUACUGCCACAAAUCAAGUGGAUUCCCAAACGGUGCAAAUUCCGAUUGCUGCACAAUCUCUUAUCAGUAAUGUGGCAUUUCCAACAUCUUCUGUCAUGCCAACCAUUGUGCUAGUGAAUGAGACCCUGACUUACACCUUGAUAGUGACAGGUGGUACAGAUGUGAAGUAUGUUUGGAAGUUUUGUGAUGUCUGUGUUGAGAUUCACCAUGAAACUAACAGUAUUUUAAAUCCUGGAUAUACCUCUGCUGAUCACUACCUCCUAAACGGUACAGCUUACAACAUGAUUAGUGUCAAGUCAGCUACAAUUCAAAUCACAGUUGUCAACCAACUGACUAGUGUUGCCGUAGCUUCAGACUUGAUAGCCAACACAUAUGCCAUCUCGGGAACUGGAUAUACUUUCUACAUUCUUCCAAAUGUGUAUUAUCCACCGAAUUCCAAUUCCUAUAAAUACUAUGUAGCUUUGACAAGUGAUGCCUACCCAAGUAUAGCUACCAACACCAUUCAGAAUUUUUCGUAUCCCUUCAUAACUGCAGAAGAUUACAAGCUAAAAGUUGUAGUGGACAAUGUGAAGUCAAAUGUAGAGAAGGAGUUAUUUAUUUACGUACAGGAUCAAGUGUCCACUCCCAGUAUAACCUCCAAUGUGACCUCAGACGUGUCCACGGGAUCUGCAGCUCUUCUCACAGUAUCCGUGUCUUCAGGCUCCAGCAGAGAAUACCAGUGGUCCAUCGAAGAAAACGGUGUUACGCAGACUCUAGCCAGUACUACCAACACAGUAGAGUAUCUGUUCUCAAGGAAAGGAAACUUCACAGUUAGUGUAAAUGUUUCAAAUGUUGUCAGCUGGAAAAUAGCAACGUAUCAGCAGCAGGUCAUGGAUGCCGUCGAAAACAUUUCCUUCUCCCACAACAUCAACACAACUACUUAUCCCUAUGUCUCAACAAGACAAGAUGUAACCUUCACAUCAAUUAUAGAAAAAGGUGAUGCCUACACAGUAACGUGGACUGUUGUGGACUCCACCAGCUCAACGAUAAUCACUCGGACAGGAACAACGUUAAUUUAUGCCUUUACUUCAGCAGAAACUUACACGGUGCGAAUGACGGUACAGAAUGCAGUCAGUUCUCUCCAGACUCAGAUGGUGGUCCAUGCUCAAGUUCCUUUGGUCAGUUUAGUCUUGACACCAACAAAAACAGUGACUAAAACUUCAGAGGCUAUAGACCUUACGGCAGUUCACAAUACAAAUGCCACGCAUCUCACUUACACGUGGACGAUACAGAGCUCAACGACAACUACCACUGGAAACACGAAGACCCAUUCCUUCACAUCAAGCGGAAAGUACACAGUGUCAGUGACAGUGAAUAACAGGCUGAACAGCCUUACAGCUCAAGUGGAUAUUACAGUGCAGGAUGUCAUUCAGAAUCUCGCUAUCACUGGGUGUGACACAGAAGCUGUGGAAGAUACCACCGUUGCCAUGGUAGCCUCCAUCAGUGCCGGGACAGACGUAACGUAUGACUGGACAGUUGUUAGUGGACCAACCCAUACUGGUGCUAAUUUCUCAACUGUAUUUGACACAACAGGACAAUAUUCUAUCGUAGUCAAUGCUAGCAAUUUGGUGGAUUCUAAACUUCUGACAUGCCAGAUGACCAUCAUUGGAAUUAUUUCUGAUCUCCACAUAGACAUGACACAUUCCAUACUUUUUGUGAAAUACAACACACAAUUUGUUGUUGGAGGCCAGAAUCUUGUGGGGGUGAGCUACAACUGGACCUUUACAGGCCCAGCAACCAUAAACUUGGUGGCCACUAAUAAUUUACUGAUCAAGAAGUUUGAUGAUGCUGGUCUGUAUACCGGUACGUUAUUGGUGUCAAACUCCAUUAGUGAAGCAUCUAAGGUUGUUGUCUUUGAGAUCAAGCCUCUGACUUGUGAUGCACCAGUUGUAGUGGCCAGUGGCAGCGCCUCGCGUACCAUUUUCAAGUCUUCAUCGGUGUCCUUUGAGCUAGAUACCGACAUGCAGGGAUGCAGGGAUUAUAUCAUCAGAUACAGCUGGCAAGUGCAGUCAGCUGCCUCCGCGUCCUGUAGUGGCAGCCUGACUCCAUUUUCCCUUCCAUCCUCGGUAUAUGCAGCUAGCUCUAAAUUUACUAUUCCUGGGAAGACAUUGCCCUACGGAUAUUAUUGUAUCAGUGUAUCGGUAGUGUAUAUCGACACACCACUGGAGGUGACCAAGGAGUAUACUGUAUCUGUCAUCGAGUCCCCACUUAUCGCACUGCUGUCCGGUGGUAACUCUAUGAUUGUCUCCAACUUGAACUCCGUGACCCUGAAUGGAACUGAAUCCUAUGACAGAGAUGAUAGUAGCACUGCUCUCAUUUACAGUUGGACUUGCUCAAUUUCAUUGGGAGGUACAAAUCCUGAUGCAUGCAGUGAUGUGACUGGGGCUUCUUCUGGAACAGUAACAAUGGAUAAUAGCAAGUUUCUUGUGGGACAAAAGUAUACAGUGACGUUGACAGUUUCCUCACCAGCGAGAACUUCAGGUUCCACCUCUGUAGAGGUUGAAAUUUCUGGGAACGAUGUGCCGCUGGUGUCCAUCAAGUGCAUCUCCUGCUCAGCUGAAGAUCGUUACGUGAUCAAUCCAGGUGAUAUGGUGAUGUUGGAGGCCGAGUGCUCAAACUGUAUGUCAGCCAGUAGUCUGACAUACUCUUGGACUGCUAAGUAUGGCAGCAGCAAUUUUAUCUUAGACUCCACCACAACCUCGACUGGAAAUGACCAGAUUAAUUUGGUUGUGAAUGCAGACCAACUGCCAGCAGCCUCAGCAUACAAGUUCAAGCUUCAGGUGCAGAAGACGGUCUCUGCUACCACAACCUCUGGCUUUGGUGAAGUGGAACUUCAUGGUAACACAGCACCAAGUGGAGGGUCAUGUUCAUUGAACCCAUCCUCUGUCAUAUCCUUGGAGGACAUUGUGACCUUCACCUGCACCGGCUACAGUGAUCCAGGCAGUUCCUCCACAGAGCUCUACUACCGUGUGAAAUCUUACAGUUCCGAUCAGAAGGAGUCUGUGGUGCUGUACUAUGGUAGCUCAAGCAGUGCCAAGAUAUAUGUGGCUCCUUGGCCAGGAACCACCAGAAGCACCGUGCCGAUUAAGAUUUUUGUGGAGGAUGAGUAUGGAGCCAGUACUCAAGCCUUGGAUAGUUCUGUUGUAAUUACUGCACCCUCCACGAAUGCCACAACAACAGCAACUGACUACAUCCAGUCUCUAGCGUACAGCAGGCUCUCCAAUUUGGUUCUAGAAAACAACCCCACGCUAAUCUUGCAAUACUGCAUUACCAUGGUUCAUGAAGUUAACGAGCAGUCACGCCUGGUGGAAUCGGCUAAUUCAAACCAGGAGCUGACCUUGAGGACAAAGGUCAGAAAUGCCAUCAUGUUAGCUGCCAUGGGGCUGCCACUAGAAAGUCUUCAUGAAAAGGAACAGACAGCUUUCAUUCUGGAACACCUAACGAAAUAUGCCACAGAAUUUCAAACCAAAGAGUCUCAGACAAUAGCUCUGAACCAGGUUGAUGAUUUGAAAUCAUCCAUGAGAAGCACUCAAGGAGUUGGUGACAAUUCAGUGUUGACAAGCCACUUGAUGGCCUGUAUCUCCAACCUUAUGGAUGCUGCCAAUGCUGGGGUGUAUGAUGCGACAUCUGUUGUGAAUUCUACAAAGUCUCUGGAAGCGGCACUCAUUACAACCUUCAAAGCCAACAUCAGCACCAGUGAUACUCAGUCAGCCACCAGAUCAGACGAGGAUCACAAAAAAUUUGUUGUGAACAAAGCCUUUGAAAACAGUGAAGAAAUCAUCACAGUCAAUUUGAAAAACCAGAUUCUGGGUCAGAAUCCCAUUGAGCUGGAGUUGAGUGGGAUACAGAUAUAUGGGCUCAGAACCACGAGUACUGUUCCCACUACGUUGUAUCAGACCAGCGGUGUGGCUGUGCAGGGCAAUAAUGACAUGUUAGAUGGAAUUGUUAACCCAGGGACAGAGGUACUGCAACUCAUGAUGGGGAUAUCACGAAAUCCAUUUACCUGGGGUUAUUCAACCACGCAAGUCAAUUCCAGAAUAUUGACCAUGUCUUUCAAGCAGACCUCUGGCACAGAUGUUGCAGUCCAAAGUCUGUCUGACACCAAUUCACUCAAGUUUUACCUCCCGGAUAGCUCUACAAAUGGCUACUCCAAUCUCAGUGCUGGAGGACUGAUUUCCAAUACAGCGUAUGACCCCUCAGCAGGCCUAACCAUGACCACAUAUGAGAUUGAACAAAGCUCAAAAAAGAAAAUUAACAUCAACACUGCGGGUUCGAAAUCAGGCCAUGCCUUACACAUUCAGCUGAGAAUAGCAUUGAUCAAUGACAGUCUACUUACCCCCUUGGAUGAACUGGAAUUCUACCUUGGUAAAGGAUAUGAAGCUACUUCUUCAACAUAUGAACAACAACUGAUAUUGGGAACGGCCCACAUGACGGCAGGAAUGAACCAUACAAAUUACACCAUCUUUAUCGACUCAGAAUCCUUUGACCCCUCAGCCUCCUACACGAUCACUGUCUACAAUAAUGACCCUAACUUUGCCUACAAUGUAUCAGCAGCCAUCUAUUUGACAUCGUGUGGAUUUUACAACCCCAGCGAUGAGUCGUGGAGUGGCUCGGGUUGUUACCCCACCGCUGAGUCCCUCCCCCACUACACCACCUGUACCUGUAAUCACUUGACCCCAUUUGGAGGGAGUAUGCUAGUCCCGCCAGAUGCCAUAAGCUUUACGGACAUAGUGAACUUGGAUCUUUCCAACAAUCCUGUGGUAUUCAUAACGUGCUCAAUCAUCUUUGUGAUCUAUGUUGUUGCCAUCAUUGUCAGUCGGCGUAUGGACAAAAUUGACCUGGAUAGGAUUGCCACCGUACCACUGUGUGGAAAAGAUGGAUCUUUUAAGUACCAGAUCACCGUAGUAACUGGAAGGGGCAGAGGAUCAGGAACGACGGCCCAUGUUGGCAUCAAGCUGUAUGGAGAAUACGGAAAAAGUAAAGAACGACAACUCGUCAAAGAUGGGGCUUUUCAGCGUAACUGUGUGGACUCGUUCUUCAUCGCUAAUGAUACCAACUUGGGAAACGUUCAUAAGAUUAUGAUCUGGCAUGAUAAUUUUGGCCUUGACCCCAGCUGGCACCUGAUCCAAGUCAUUAUCAGAGACAUGCAAACGGAGAAGAAAUAUUACUUCUUUGGCAACUGUUGGAUGACACUAGAGAAAGAUCAAGGAUUUAUUCAGAAAGAAAUUAAGGCAGCUGGAUCAUCAGAAAUCAAGAGGUUCUCCCGAAUGUUUGGGCACGCAGUUUCUAACAGCAUGGCAGACCGUCAUUUAUGGGUGUCUAUUGUGGAUCGUCCAGCAAACAGUCGAUUUACCCGAGUUCAGAGAGCUACAGUGUGUGUUUCGCUCCUGUAUGUGUUCAUGUGUGUGAAUGCCAUGUGGUAUGGCAUACUGAAGACGACAAACACUGAUGACCCCAGUGAGGGGAUUUCCUCGUUUGGCUGGGAGGAAGUGGUGCUGGCAUUCCUUUGCAAUAUCAUGGUCUUUCCUUUCAGUCUACUUUUGAUUUUUAUCUACAAGAAAAGUAGAUCAAAGGCAUCUGAGUUUGAGUUUGCACGGCCACAGACAGCGAGAACAAUGGAGAUUGACGAUGAUUUGGGUGGAUCUCAGUUCAGUUCCUCUUUCCGCUCGGAUUCUCAGAGUGAUCUGCUGUCGUGCAUGGAAAGAGAAAGUACCACAGACAGUACCAUGAUUCCUCCUCAGCCCACUCUACCACUGAGGAAGACUAAGACUCUGAAGACGACACGUAAGGGAGCGGAGGAAACAUUCGUGAAGGUUCCCAUCCCGGACGCUGCUGAAGGAGUAUUCCCGGAGAAGUCCAAGUGGAAGAGGACAAACAACCCUCGUAUCUGGAAUGACCAGUCCAUAAUGGAUAGCUGGCCGGAUCGGAUUCCUAGAUAUAACGACAGACAGAGCACACCGAAAAUUGGCCAACGCAAUCCUGAAAAACAAGUAGAAGUGAAAGAAGCUGCUGAAGACAUCUUGAAUUAUUUGGACUGUGUAGAACAGGAUGCGAUGGCUAAAGAAGCAAAGAGAUCCUUGCAAGGGGGAGGGGCUGCCAAACCACUGACCAGGAAACCCACAAUGCCACAGAAAAAGCUUGACGACUUAGAUGAUCUUUUGAUGGAUGAUGAUGUGAAACCGAAGCAUAAACCAGUGCAAAGACGGGUCUCCACAGUUUCCAUUGGUUCUGGCAAACCCUCCAACUCAGCCAGCAAUCAUAAAAACUUUAACCCAAGACAAGAUCCAAACAUAAAAAAGCCACCUUCUGCUACUAGCAACAAGGUAUCUAAAUGGGUUUCGAAACUCCACACCACAACAACACGCGACUCGCUACCAGAGGUAGAGCAUAUUGGUCCACUUGAGCCAGACGUGGGGCUGGCACAGAGAAAUGGGAGUGAAUUCUAUGCUGAUGGCUACAGCGAGAUGACUGAGGUGGUCCCUGUUCACAGUAAGAAGACGUGCAGCCUGCCGGCCUGGUGUAUCUACCUAGGACACGUCCUCUGCUUCCUCUUGUCUGGCACGUCCUGUAUACUGGUCAUUCUCUACGGCCGACAGUUUGGAGCCGACAUUGCUCUCCAGUGGUUGCUUGCUCUUCUGUUCUGUUUCAUUUUCUCUUUCCUGUUCGUGGAGCCAUUGAAGGCAGUCUUCAUCGCCCUGUAUCUGGCUGCAUGGGAAAAGAAGACCGAGGACACAGAUGAUGUCAUUGACAACGAACCCAAGUUUGACACGUCUAAUGAGCUUGUAAAGGAGGUAAAGUUCAGUCCUCUGAGUGGCUUUGCCUUGCUGAAGGCUAAAGAGGACGGAAUGAAGAUUCAGCGAAUGAGGUUGAUGUUGCGGCAGUUUGUGGCGUACAUGUUCUACCUAUUACUGGUGAUGGCACUGUGUUACACCAACUUUACACAGCACACUUAUAUAAUGUCUCAGGCAGUGGAAGAAACCAUAGUAAAGGCCAACAUGCCCAACACCAACAAGUCAUUUUAUAACAUAUCCAGUAUGGACGAGUUUUGGACGUGGACACAGUCUGUUUUGAUCAGCGGACUUCACUAUGAUGAGCUGACCUCCUACACGGAAUUUAAUACCUUUUUGGGUGUGGCCAGGCUACGACAAGUGCGGGGACUUCGAGAAUCCUGUCCUGUGAAAGAGUACCCAUUGCAUUCUGGGCUGGAGAGUUUGGCAGGGGUCGCUGACUGUGAAGGAAAUCUAGGCUACACUGAGGACAAGUAUAACUAUGGAUACUUCUGGAACAUCACACAGUCGCAGAACCUCUCGUGGCGCUACCACACUGACAGCCAGACUGGAAGUAAAAGAAGACCAGGCUUUGUAUUUUCUUACGGCGGAGGAGGAUAUGUGCAGUAUCUAGGAUCCAGCUUCAACGAGUCACUGAAUAUCUUAGAGGAUCUACAGAGCAAGAACUGGAUUGAUCUAAGAACUCGAGCUUUGUUUAUUGAUUUCACAUUGUACAAUCCUGCUGAGGAUCUGACCUCAUUUACCACCCUGAUCGUUGAGUUCCCAUUGACUGGCGGAAUAAACACCACAUACGAUAUUCAAACAAACCAUCUCCUCAGGCACAUUGACGGAGUAGUGGACCCAGUCAUGAUCUGCGAGAUUAUUCUCUUCCUGGUGGUCCUCUACUACCUUGUCCACAUCGUGCUCCAGAUGCGUGAAGGCGUUAAGCAAUACUUCUGUGACAUGUGGAACUGGCUGGAGAUGUUGACCACCCUAAUGGUUGUCGUCAGUAUUGGACUCUACAUCGGCUGUGUCAUCACUGCCACGGACACUUUCUCCUCGUUCCUGAACAACCAGAGAAGUUUUGUCAACUUUGAGAAGGUUUCAGACAUUCAUACAGGGGCGAGGUACCUUAAUGCCUGGCUGCUCUUCCUGCUCAUGUUCAAGGUUGUGAAACAGAUUCGGUUUAUCAAAUUCCUGCACAAGUAUGAGAAAACUAUGAGCAGUGCUUUCCCCAAAUUAAUGGGCAUCAUGUUCGUCUUUGUUGUCCUGUACUUGGUCCAUGGAAUGAUUGCUUACUUGUUCUUGGGAAACCACAUGGAUGGCUUUGAAAAUUACUGGACCACACUGAUGUCCCUUUUGGGGAUGAUCAGAGGAUCUUUCAACUUCUUGCCUCUCCUAGAGACGGACACCAUCUUUACCCACUGUUUCUUCUACUCAUACUAUAUCUUCACCUACGGUCUGACCAUUGCCCUGAUAAUUGCUGUAUUGACCGAUUCAUACAAGACUGUCAAGUCACAAAUGUUUUACAAGAGUACAUUAGAUUUACAAGAUUAUGAGAUGAUUGACUUUAUGAUGAAGAGAUUUAAACUCUGGGCUGGAUUUGCAAAACCAAAAGAGAAAACAAGAAGAGUGCAUUUUGAGGGGCAGCGAUCUGUGUCAGACAGAUGCUCUACUAGUCAUUCAAACCGUUCCUAUGGUGAUCUGGAGGACAUGCCCCUUCCUGUUCCUGCCAAAUCCAGUAUGUCUGCAGCAGCUCUGCUGUCCGCCAAGUGGGAGGACCUCCUUAAGACAAUGAGAAGAGUGGAGUUCUUGGAUGAGAAGGAAGAUGAGAUGAUGGCUAAAACACAGAAAGAAGUGGAUGAGUGGGGUUUCCAGAGUCGUAUUAAGAACUACGAAUCGGAGAGACAAGGUCUGCUACAGUGGAAGCAGACAAACACCGGUGAGCGGGGCAGGCCGGUGUCCAAAGUACCUCACAGGACAAUGACACAGAAAAGUCUCCCAGGGAAAAGUGAUCUUCAACCCUCUAGCAGUGCUAGUGCGCCAGUAAAACCCACUCUACAAAAGGGACGACGACCCCUCAGUGACGGGGGUCGAAUAGCUGCAGAAAAGGAAUCAGAGCCCCGACCACUGGGCUCAAGGGAGAGAAAAUCAAUUUAUAACUUUUUCAAAAGCAUAAAACCUUCUAGGUCAGCGUGGAAUAAUUAAAUUUGUCAAGUAUUUCAGUGCUCCAAUGUGUUCAAUUAUUGGACAGAAGUCAUAGUUCAAAGUGAUAUCAAAAACACACAGAAUGGACAGGACCAUAUUGAAUUAUUAGAUGACCUUCAUUGUGUACCACUUCAGGGACUCAUCAUUGGUUGUGUAACUAGUUUCAGUUUCAUUUUAGUAUCAUAUCUCAUGCAACAUCAAUUCCACAAACCAUUUUUCAUAGCCACUGUUGUUACAGAUUAUACCACUGUGAAAGACGGUGUACUUGGUUCAUUCAUCGAUACCAUUAAGGUAUUAAGAUUGAAAUGCCAAAUAAUACACAGGAGAGAAAACUGACUCACCUACCGAAUUGGAAAUGCAUUUUGUGUUUGACUAGCAGCACAGAUUCUGUGAUUGUGCGUUUCCAAGGAUACAUUACAUGCCUUCCAAAAGGCUUCUAAAAGUGCCAACAAGUCUUGACAAAUUUAUCAGCGGAUAAGAAUUUAUUGCCCAUAUUUUUAAGUUUAUUUAUAUAUAUAUAUAUGAAAUGUAUUAGCCAGUUGUUGUUUGAAAGAUUUUAUUGUUAUGCUUUCCAAAUAAUCUUUAAAAAAAACUUGGACAAUCAGUCAUUGUGUCUUGAUAUGUUAUCCAAUCAAAAGUGAUUAACAAGUAUCCUUCACAGUCUAUACUGUCCUUGCUGCUGCUAUAUUGGGUUAGAGGUUUUUAAUAAUGUUGUGUUAUUACUUAUCCUGGGUUAAGAAUACAUAAGGUUGCAAUUAAUUAGCAAUAUUCUAAGUCAUCUUCAAUGUUCUGACAUUACUGAUAGUCAUUUUUUUCCUGCUCAUCUUACACUUUCAACUUCAUGCAAAUGUUAUGUAUUAGAAAGGUAACUCUUUUUGUAUUCAAAUACUGGUGCUCCCUUUGAAAUCUUUCAACAAAUAGAAUAUGCGUUCUUUUUCUCAUCUUAAAGUCCCACUAAUUCUCUUUGAUAAACAUGGUGUGUGUCUUGCCUAUGUAGGUCAAAUGAGGAGUUGUUUGAGUCAGACUUGAAUGCAGUGGUAAUACUGGAGACACUCUGUACUUCAUGUGGUAUAUUGACAAUCCGAGUAAUUUAUGUGAUACUGAGAAAUUUUUUCAGGUUUUGACUUCAUUCACAUUUUAUUUGUGAGGAAUUUUGAUAUGUAAGUGUAAUUUUGCAAGGAAUUUAUUUAUGUGUAAUUUCGCAAGACUAAUUAUUUGCAAAAGUUUAGUUCUCAUUCACGAAAUUUGUGUCUCGUGAAAUCCUCGCGAAAUAAAGGUGAUCUGUAAGUAUUCCCAGUAAUUUUACAGUAUUCUGAUGUACAGUUCAUCAAUGGUUUUAAGGCUCAAAAUUUUGUACUUAACUUACUGAAGAAAAAAUUAAAACCGAUAGCCAAAUUAGUCAUAGCGAUAAUGUGCAUGGAUAUUUAAUGUGCCAAAUGGGGAGGGGGGAUGGCGGCAGCAAAGUGCCUCCAUAGGUGUUUCAUGGAUUUGCGGGGGGGGGGGGGGAAAUUCAGAAUUCAUCAUAAAUUAUAAGGCAGAAUUAAUUUCUGUACUUCGAAUUUUCCAUACCAGUUGAAAUUGGGGGAAAAUUUAAUAUUAUUUAAAGAAACCGUCCAUAUCUUUGACUGUGCAUUCCUUUACAUGUUUUUUUUUUCUCUUGAAAUUAUGCAUUCAGGUUAGUUUACGAUAUAUGUGAUAUAUGCAGUAUUAUUUAUCAAAAUACAUAUGUAUUUGUUGUGAAUUUUUAUGUAUUGUUGACCAAUGUUUUUAUGGGGGAUGUUUUUUUAUUAUUAUUAUUAUUAUUUUAGAAUGAGAAAGAUUUAAAAUGCUAGUUGUCACGGAUGUGAAAUGUUGACAGUUUGUGUGGGUUGUUUUUACUGAAUCAUUUGAGUGUGAAGUUGCUUCAUAUGCUGAAUGAGAGUGAGAGAAUGAAACAGUAUAUUUAGAUCAGACUGACAGUAGAAUCAGGGCUUGAGUCAUUUCCUAGACUUGUGCGAUACACCUACAUUUAUUUGUUAUCCUAUAUAUGACAAGCUAGACAACGGUGUACCUGUAUUGUUCCUAAAGAAAAUGAAAUGGCCAAAAAAAAAUUGCAUUAAAAUAUUGCUCAAUUGGAAUAUGUACAGUUUUGUACAUUCAGGUUUAAACCUACGUCCCCUCAUACUUGUUUCAAGUUGAUUGAAUAGUGCGAUAUGAAAAAUGUUUACAUUUUCAGUUUUUUGUAAUUAAAGCAAAUUUUCACUUUAAUAAAUUAUUUAAAACGUUUUCAAAGUAACAGAAAUUAUGCUUAGUAACAGUGUUGGUAACAGUAUUAAAGAAUAUACAGUUUGUCAAAAGUAUUUAGAACAAGUUUUUAUUAUCCUUAUCACAAAUGCUGAUCAUUUUCUCAUGAAACGUGGUGCCUAUGAUGCUAUUUAAAAAAAAUCAUCAAAAAUCACCUUUUGGUAUCAGUGUACGUAGUAUGUAGUAUACUUCGUGAAAAUUUUUAUGGCGUUCUAAUUUUCACGAUUUUGUUCAUGCCUUUUAGAUGUUUUAUUAUAUUUUUCCAAUGAAAUUUCUAUAAUAUUGUUGAUUCCCACCUUGUCUGUUGACGUUAUUACUUUGUACAUAAGAGUGAUCUGUUUCUAGGUGUCUCUUCACCUCUCCUCAUGUAUCUGACGAAUGUCAUUAAAGCGUGCUGCUUCUUGACUGAC